AUGUCGUCCAAUGCCAAUUCGCAGCAUCUGACCUUGGCAAAGUUUGCUUUCAACAUCUACGGAUCGUUGAAUCACGCCACUCCCAGCUACGAAGGACUGGCAUCCCCCUCUCUGUCGUACAGUUCUUCACGAUCGAAGACCAAUGAGCCUUACAACUACAGAUUCAACAAAUUGGUGUACAAUUGUGAGCGUGAAGUUACCACACUAUCGCAACUUAACUAUCCACUUUCGUUGUCGAAUACUUUCCAAUCGGACCAGAACUUGUCACAUCAUGUAAUCAUCGGUGGUAGAAACUACUUGAAGUUGCUAGCCUUGAACGAAGACCAGUCGCGAAUUGUCCAAGACAUCAAUGUUCUUGAUCAGAGCUCGAUAUACACCCACAAUUCACGUGUGCCGUCCACAAACAAGUUGAACAACAUCAACACCGUCAAGGCGCAGUCAGACACCAUAGGCUGUGGGUUAUCCAAUGGACUUAUCACUGUGUAUAAGGUAGGCUCCAACGGUAAGUGCAGACUCAUCCACAAGUUUUCGGACCACAAACGUUGCAUAAAUUCUCUAGAUUAUGUGGGUAUUAGGAAUUUGUAUGAUGCACCGACCCAGAUGAUAUCUGGAUCGCAGGAUGGUUCUAUAAAGCUUUGGGACAUGCGACUGUCUUCUCCCAGACCUAUGCUUACGAUAUCUUCAGGCAGCCAUCUGGAUCCCAUUCGUUCAUGCCAAUACUCUCCCCAUUCACAGGGCCGUAACAAACUUGUAGUUCUCUCUGUCCACGACUCGGGAGCGUUGUGUAAAUUCGAUUUACGACUUAGUAAUGGCCAUGGCCCAGAGAGAAAAUGGAAUAUCCAUACUGGUCCAGCAUUGUCAUUACACAUCCAUCCCGAAAAGGAGUACGUUGUUACAGGAGGUAGAGACCAGAAGAUUUGUGUGUUCAACUACGGCGAUUCUCAGAUAUCCAAUAGAAUUACACCAGACGAGAUGAUUAACACUUAUGGUCCUGUAAUGAAGGUACGAUGGUGUCUAUAUCCCGAUGCAUCAACAUCACAGUUUGGUGAACCUCUCGAUACGUUCCAGCAAUCUAACGACUUCAACAGCAGUUCUCUAUAUAGCUACGACUUGGCUUGUCUGUACUUGAACGAUGACUCUACUGUAGCCAUUUACAAUCUCAACAGGAAGUUCAUUCCUAAGGAGGUGAUCACCACGUCAUCUAAUAAGCCUAUUCAGAACUUCAUCUGGGCUAACAACCCAGGAUCGUCGCGUAAGAUCUGGACCAUAACAAAGUCUAACGUGUUUUCCAGUUAUGAUCUAGAUAUGCACGACAGCCUUCUCGAGUCUGAAAUUUCCAAACCUUUGGACGAACUCGCUAAUGUCACUGUAGACUGGAACAAUGGAUUUGGCGAUCUCUGCUUAGCCAACCAGGAAAAAUAUGAGUUUGAAAUCACAGAAGUAGAAUCACAGGCAAGCGACAACGACAUGGGUGACAUAGAUACAGAGUAUUCGUCCAGAUAUGAAAGAAGCAACUCUAACAGUGUCAUUGAUGAAAGCUCAUUGAUAGGGUCGUCUUCGGCAGAAAAGCCUCCUCUUUUCAGAUCAAGCACUCAUUACUCGAUGCACAUGGCCAAAUCGCCAUCUCCAGUACCUCGUAGAGGUUCCACAUCAUUUGCUGCUCAUUCAGAAUCCCAGCCAAAUCUUUCUAAUAUGCAAGGUUUAUCGAUGUCAAGGCCAAAACUUACACGUAAUCUUUCGCAGGCUACCGAAGACUCGAGUAUAUCUAUCGGUUCGGCCCCACAGUCAAAUAUCCACUUAAAGCUGAAACGUUCAUUUCAAGUUAGCUAUGCUUCACCAUAUUUGGUGCCCGUGUCGUUACCGUUGUCUCUCAACGACGAAAACGUGUUCGAGAUUCUCUCAAAUAACUACUUGAUAUCCAUUCCAGAUGGGUUUACUUUAGUAGACGUAUGUUUAUUGAAUGCCAGUGUUGCAGCCAGUGUACAACGGUUUCGUGAAUGUCAAAUCUGGCGAGUAUUGGCUGUAAGCUUAGAGGAGGAUUAUGUUCAAAUUGACAACACUACAUUCUUGAGUGAUCCAGAAUUGGAGCAUAAUGAAACUAACCAAGAUGAAAAGAUCGACGAUCAGAAAGAUGCUAAAUCCAUACUGUCAGAUUUGGGCAACUUUGUAGGGUCAUAUAAUUCGAAUUCAACCCUGACCACUAACUACGGAGGGUUGGGUAGUCUCAGUGCUAAAGAUACCACAAAGGCAAACAAUUCCAACAAUCUCAUGGAUAUGAUCAACCGAAGCAGAGUGAACAGUAUGAACCAUCUUCAAAGCAUAAGCCCAUCUGGGUCCCAUACAUUUAUCCGCAAUGCUAUCCAUGAAAACAAAAGCAACGAAAACGCAAUUGUAGACGAUGACGAAACUGACGCAGCAGUACAUGGAACUGAAGGACGAAUCGGAACUUCUCACGUUUCUGAAGAUUUGGACAACGAGAAUCUUAACAUUCUCAACAAUGCUGUUCUCAACUCGAGUCCAAACUCAGCUAUGACGACUCCUCAUCCGCAAUCAAAUAGUCCCAACUAUUCAAACUUUUUUUCACUACCUAAGUUGUCGUCUACAUUCAUGUCUCCUAUUUAUGAUGAAUUUGCUGAAAAACAGGAACAACCGCGUAGCUUGAAGGCCGAGUCCUUGUUGAACAACGAUGUCUCUGAUAGAACUACAACGAAGUCUGAGCUUACUAAGGCAAUUAAAGAAGAAGUAGAUAAUUCCAGUGGGGCCCCGCUAAAGAAAGCUUGGAAGUCGCUGAGCUUAUUGGAAAAAGCAUUAGCGCAUGCUUCGAACGAGGGGGAUAUUAUUCUUUGCUCUACACUUUCACUCUUGUUUUACGACUCGUUCAAGCAGGUAAUCCCCCAAUCGUCCUGUUUGGAUUGGUUAGGGCUCUACAUUGAAAUCCUACAAAGAAAAAGGUUGUUUGUCAAUGCUAUUCACGUUGUCAAUAAUGCUCCUGAUGACGUUAGAAGCAAGUUGAAAAACUUGACCUCUGGCGAUGUGGAUCUCCGUUUCUUCUGUUGCUGGUGCCAGAAACUCUUGGUUAAUGAAAAGUCCAAGGAGAAAUUGAAAAAUGAUGUCAAUGCAGACUUCGGCUAUUGGUACUGUGACGAGUGUAGUCAGAAGCAACUGAAUUGUAUCUAUUGCAACGAGCCUUGUAAGGGAUUGACGGUAGUUGUUAGUCUUAAGUGUGGCCACAGAGGACAUUUUGGAUGUUUGAGAGAAUGGUUCAUUGAGGACGAGAAUAAUGAAUGUCCGGGUGGCUGUGAUUACAGUGUAGUAUAG